AUGCAUCAUCCAGCUGAUUCGCAUACAUGGAAAGCUUUUGAUAAUAAUUGGCCUCAUUUCAGUGCUGAGAAACGUAAUGUCCGUCUGGCACUAUGUACCGAUGGUUUUCAACCCUUUGGACAAUCUGGUCAGCAAUAUUCAUCAUGGCCUGUCAUAUUGACACCGUACAAUUUACCCCCAUGGUUAUGCAUGAAAGGUGAGUAUAUGUUUCUCACUAUACUUGUCCCAGGGCCUAGAAAUCCAAAAGAUAAGUUGGAUGUGUAUUUGCAACCCCUAGUAACUGAGUUGAAAGAUUUAUGGGAGAAUGGAGUUGAAACAUAUGAUGCAUUCAAUAAAGAAAAUUUCAACUUGCGAGCUGCUUUAAUGUGGACUAUAAGUGAUUUUUCUGCUUAUGCAAUGUUAUCUGGAUGGAGCACUGCAGGACGAACUGCUUGUCCUUAUUGCAUGGAAGAUAGUGAUGCAUUUACAUUGACAAGAGGAGGUAAGCAAUCAUGGUUUGAUAAUCAUCGCAAAUUUUUACCUCCUAGCCAUUCUUUUAGAAGAAAUAAAACAGCUUUUAGGAAGAAUGUAUCUGUUACUAAGAAAGCUAAACCACCUAUUUCCGGUGAAGAAAUACUGAAACAGAUUAAUGAAUUGGGGUUUAAGAGGGUUAUAGAUGAGGAUGCAUUUGAAAUAAAUUCCAGUCUAUCAAAGCAAUGCGGUUGGCGAAAAAGAAGUAUCUUGUGGGAUUUACCGUAUUGGAAAAGUAAUUUGAUUCGACACAAUCUUGAUGUAAUGCACAUUGAGAAAAAAUUUUUUGAAAAUAUAAUCAACACUGUAAUGAGUGUUGAGGGAAAGACAAAGGAUAAUGCUAAGUCAAGGGCAGACCUCAAUGUGAUCUGCGAUCGACCAGAGUUGGAAAUGGAUCAAGUCACUGGGAGAUAUCCCAAAGCUUGUUAUACUCUAGAUAAGCAAAGUAAAUAUCUGCGACGGUUUAAGAAUAAUAUCAGAAAUAAAGCUAGAGUCGAGGGAUCAAUUUGUAAUGCGUACCUAGUAGAAGAAGCCACUUCAUUUUGUGCGCAUUACUUUGAGCCGUAUGUUCAAACUAGACAUCGAAAAGUGCCAAGAAAUGUUGACAUUUCAGAAAAUACUGAAAAUUAUGAAGGUAACCUAUCAAUUUUCAUGCAGUCCGGUCGACCAAUAGGAAAAGGGAGAACCAGAUACCUUAUGGAGGAUGAGUAUAAAGCAGCACAAAUCAUUUACAUUGAUCAACUGCGCUCAAAUGAUCCGUCAGUCAAUGAUUCUCAGAUUGACAUCAAAUUGGAGAGUAAAUUUGCUAUAUGGUUCAACAAUUUUGCUCAUGAUUCGUGCAGCAAUAUAUCCAACAAGUUUAUCAUAUCGCUUGCAAAGGGUCCAUUACGAAGUGUGACAUCAUACAAUGGAUAUAUGGUGAAUGGAUAUAAGUUUCAAUCAAAGUCAUACUGUACAAGUAGAGCAACUAUGAACAGUGGGGUGUGUAUUAAGGGGUCAAAUUACAGCAACGAAGAGAGCGAUUAUUAUGGACAAUUGCUUGAAGUUAUACGUUUGGAGUAUCCAGGUCUUCCAAUCAAGCGAGUUGUACUUUUCAAAUGCAAUUGGUUUGACCCCACUCCAAAUGUAGGCACAAAGAUCCAUAGUAAAUAUAAACUUAUCGAUGUAAAUCAUAAACGAUCUUUUAAUAGAUAUGAGCCUUUUGUGCUGGGAGUACAAGCAAUACAAGUGAUAUAUACUUCGUAUCCUAGCCUAAAGUGA